GUCUCCUCUCCCACUAAUGUCGUUCUCUCUCUCCAUGUUAAAGAAAAUAACAAGUAACGUCAUUGUUCUCUUCAAUCUCAACCCUCACCUCAGUUCUCUACCUCCCUCAUGCCUGUCAUCGUUGUCUGUUCCCUCACGCCGUCGAGCCUCAUCGUCGCCAUCCGCCGCCGCCGUCUGACGAGGUAUUUGCUUCUCCGACGAGGGCUUCCUUCACUGCACUCGCCCUCCAAUGCCUCGCACACGUCACUUUGACCACGUCGAGUACAAAUUUUGCGCCCGUGCACGAAAAACACGAAAAGGAUUGGAGUAAUAGAAAUCCCAUUCUCUGCCCUGGGACAAGUCAAACACACUUCCAUUACGUCACACUCCACGUGCCACCUCUCGCCCUUUCCACAUCAUUCUUUUCUUUCCUCUUCCUUCUCGUCUCUUGUCUCUUGUGUAACGGCGUCCCCGCCACGUGUAGCAAAAUCUCCAUAAAACCUCAUCGUGCCGACACACACGCUACACAGUUUUCUUCAAGAAAUUCAAAGCUCUGUGGGUUUCACAUCUACAACAGGGCUUUUCACCGAUGGACCAGAGCCGAUCGUCAACACCGCCGUCCACCGCGGCCGAGUCCUCCGCCGCUGUCGCUGCCGAUAGAGGACGGCCAGAACAGUCGGCGGUGUCUCCGGUGACGAGAGGCUUCGCCUCUUUCGCGGCUUCAUUGCAGGAGGGUUUUGGCAAUUUUAAGGCCCUUGUUGUUGGUCAGGCAAAGAAGAUGAGUGCAAGAAACGAGAAGGAAUCAAGUGAAGCUGAUCUCCGGACUGCAAAGAUGCAGGUUGAAGCAGCUGAUGCUGCGGAGGAUACCAAGAAGCGACUUGAAAAGUCCAAGUAAUCCCACACCUAAAUGUAAUAAAUAGAUUUCGUUAGUUUGUCUCUUUAUAUCUCCUCUCCCUUUGUGAAAGAAAACAUUUGCAAUACAUGGUUUGUGUUAAUGGAACACUACAUAUGUACUCCUUCCAUUCCAUUUUGAUAGUCUCCUACGUAACACGUGCAAUGUCAGAUCAAAAAAUAAACUGCUUCCGUUCGUAAUUUUUUGAUUUCCUUCAUACCAAAUUGAAAAACUAAUCGACAUUUUUAAUUUGGUGAUAAGAAACUCAAAAAAUCAUUUAUGGAAGUAUUUUAGUUUUUUAUCUGAAAAUUGCACGUCUUUUCGUAGGGGCCUACCAAAAUGGGACGGAAGGGCUACAUAAGAAUGUUCGCAGAAAGUGAAAUGGCGAGGGUCUGAAACGUGAAUCAAUAUGUUUGUGUAUUAGAACGUACUCAGAUAGUAAAAUAUGUGGAUCAGAUUCCUGAAUCCGUUUCUUUUCUGUGA